AUGCUUUAUGUCUGGAUUGACAGCAUGCGUCGUGCCAGCCUUCCUGUAUCGCCAUCCCUCGCCAUUGCCAAAGCGAAAAGCAUUGCUUCCAGCCUGUCAAUUCCGGAAUCAGAUUUUAAGGCAUCUUGGCAAUGGUUAAGUCGAUUCAGAGUUCGGCGUGGAUUGGAGAAGAUGCUCCUUCACGGAGAGGGAGCAGAAGUCAACAAGAACGAUCCGGAAUUGCUAGCUGCUUUAGAAAACCUUUAUGCGAUUAUCGCUCAAUAUGACCCUGAAAAUGUCUACAACAUGGAUGAGACCGGCUUGUUUUUUCAAUUGCUUCCGAGAUAUAGUCUUCUUAUGCCAGACGAGGAUAUCUCAACCACCAGAGGCAAAAAGAAAGCGAAAGAUCGAGUUUCUCUGAUCGUUUGUGCCAACGCAACCGGAACUCACAAAAUUCCUUGCGCUUUGAUCGGAAAACCCAAAGAACCAGCUUGUAUUAAGGACCGACAUUGGCCAGUUCCUUAUUUCAAUCAAACGAAAGCUUGGAUGGAUGUAGAAACCUGUUGGAAGUGGUUCAAUGAGGUGUUUUUUCCAGAAGUGAAAAAGCGAAAAGGAUGUUGCGUUCUAUUGCUCAUGGACAAUGCUCCGGGACAUUUUGAAGCCUUCAAACGCGACAAUAUUCGGAUAGAUGUUCUUGACUUUUACGAACUUGACGAGGAGGCGAAAAGUCGAAAGAAAGAUCAGGGGCGAAGAUUGCGACGACGUGCUGCAGGGGUCUUUUACAGGAACCCAGUGCACCUGCUCGAUGCUGCAAGUUAUGUGAAAGAAGCCUGGGAUUCUGUUUUGUCAAGCUCGAUCAAAAAUGCUUUUGUCAAGGCCAAACUAAUGACUUUAGAACCAGAACUGGAGGCUGAUAGCAAUGUUGAAGAUGUGGGCACCGAAGUUGCGAAGGCUUUGGAAACAUUGAAUUUAUCUAUCGCUCCAUCACAACUGGAGGACUUCGUUCACGUUGAUGACGAGAACAACGAAGAAUAUGCUGCUGCGGUAUUGGAAGAUGUUGAAGAGCUUUUGGAGUCGAUGAAAAUUGUUGAAACGGUGAUGGAUGAUGAUGAUGACGAUGUUGAUCCUCAAGACCUGAAUGCCGGUUUAGAAAGUAGAGUUGUAUUUCAGGGGUUCAAAUCCCUUUACAAACAGGUUCUCGACAUCGAGGAUCAGCUGCUCUGCUCUGAAGCUCAAAUUGAAGCUGGUGAUACAUUCAAUGAUCGUAAGAAAUCGUUUGAAUCAUUUCAGAGCAAGAUCCGGGCUGUCUCCCUCAAAGCCAAACGCAAGAAACUUCAAAGCUUUUGCCAAAUGACGAUUCAUGACAUGUUUAACUAA